CUACAGCAGCGCGACGUGCACACGUUCAAACACUUGAUUUAAAGAAGCAGAAAUGUAUCUAAAUGUUGUUGUCAACCUUAUUUUAACUUCAACACUUUAUUAGACGAGCGGACGGAAAGAAUUUGUUUGGUGGAAGUCAUCAUGAAGAAGAGACUUCAUCACAGCAUGGAAACGUCUCCUAGACACGCGCCCGCUGACUACGAGGUGGGUCAAGUGUCAGGAAGUUUGUUCCAGAAGAAGUCUGCGGCUUCUGGAUCACUUUCAGCUUUGUUCAGCAGCGCCGCACCCACCGCAUCUGUCCUCUUCAAACCUGCACCCCAGCUGUCUCACAAGAACAUCCAGCAGCUGGAAUCUCAGGAGGUCCAAGGUCAAGCCCACCCUAAGGAGAAGAAGUCCCCCAAGAAGAAAUCUGCAGCUGAGCAGAAGCUGGAGAACAGGGAGAGCAGCCUGCAGAAUGCUGAUGAAACCGAGAAAAAACCAAAAAAGAGGAAGAGGAAAGUGUGGGAGGCGGAUGCUGUGAAAGACGUGGAGCACUGGGUGAUGAAGAGGCAGAGGCUGCGAGCUCACAAGCAGGAAGAGGCGGCCAAGGCCGACAGGACCGUCUUUGUGGGCAAUCUGCCAGUCAACUGCACCAAGAAGAUGCUUCACAGCCUCUUUAGGGACAAUGGAUCCAUCCAGUCCAUACGCUUCCGUUCUAUGGUCCGAGAGGACCCGUCCAUGUCACGCAGAGUCGCCGCCAUCAAGCGCCAAGCUCACCCACUGAAGCAGAGCAUCAAUGCAUACGUGGUGUUUGAGGACAGCGACGGUGUCUCCAAGGCGCUGGAAAGGAAUGGCGUGGAGAUCGAGAAGGAUUUCUUCAUCCGUGUGGACAGAGUGACUGUCAACUCUUCACACGACCACAAACGCUCCGUCUUUGUCGGCAACCUCCCCUUUGACGUGAAAGAGUUGGCGUUGCGUCGACACUUUGAGGAGUGCGGUGGUGUGGAGGCUGUCCGACUGGUGCGAGACCACAACUCUGGACUGGGCAAAGGAUUUGGUUACAUCCUGUUUGAGAGUUCUGACUCUGUCCAACUGGCGCUGAAGCUGGAUGGCUCCAAGCUGGAGGGCCGGUCCAUCAGGGUAAAACGGUCGGUGAAAAAGGAGAAGAGCAACACCAGAGGAGCAGCAGGAAAGAUGCCGGCCCAAAGGAAAUUCCUGGUGAAGAAAAGUGGGCCGAAUCACAACUUCAAAGGCGAGAUGGCCGAUCCCAAGAAGAAGCCCAAAAAGAAACCAGGCAAGAAUAAAGGAAAGCCAAAAAAGAGUGUUCACAUAUGACAGGAAGUGGGGCAAGAAAAUAAAAGCGUUGGAUUAAAAAUGGACACUUUUGUCAUGCAUUGUUUUAACAUUUUAAUUAUUGGUGAUGUCAUAUUUGCUUUUUGUGACAGUACAAUUGUUAAUUCAUGCUAGUUAAAGUGAGGAUGUGAGGAAAACUCUAUAAAAAGGUUACUUGAAGGAAUAUGGAAGCAGACUUUAGUGAUUUAAGAUGUGGUGAACUAAUGCUGUAUUUUCUGUACAAACAAAAGACCAAAAGACAAAAGUGUAGUUUGUUCCCACUUUAUGUUUCCACAUUUUGUAACUUUGUAAAAAGUCUACAUCAGAACGGACAAAACAAUAAAUACUUCAAUCCUAGCAGUGAUCUAA